UUGUGUGUACUGUGGGACUGUGGGAGGCCAAGAUACAGUGAAUGCAGGGUCUGGGGAGACCAGAUAUAGUGAAUGCAGGGUCCAGGGAGACCAGAUAGAGUGAAUGCAGGGUCCGGAGAGAGCAGAUAUAGUGAAUGCAGGGACCGGGGAGACCGGAUAUAGUGAAUGCAGGGUCCGGGGAGACCGGAUAUAGUGAAUGCAGGAUUCGGGGAGACCAGAUAUAGUGAAUGCAGGGUCCGGGAGACCGGAUAUAGUGAAUGCGGGGUCCGGGGAGACCGGAUAUAGUGAAUGCGGGGUCCGGGGAGACCGAUAUAGUGAAUGCGGGUCCGGGGAGACCAGAUAUAGUGAAUGCAGGGUCCGGGGAGACCAGAUAUAGUGAAU